AUGUCAGGUAUUUUUAAAAAAAUCGAAUCAUUGGUCGAGAAGGGAAAAGAAGCUCACGCGAAAACAUGGCAUAAUUGGGCCGGAAAUAUUGUCCUUGAACCGGAAUUAAUUUUUCAUCCGAAAUCGUUAAACGAUCUUCAAGAAAUUGUGAAGAAAGCGAAAAAACACGGCAAGAAAAUUCGAUGUGUUUCUGAAGGACAUUCAUGGAGCACGUUAUCAGUUACAAAAGAUUAUCUGGUUAUUGUACGUGAUAUGCAUCAAAUCCAAGUGGAAAAGAGUGAAAAGUAUGGAUGGACUAUUACUGCCGAAGCAGGUGCUACAAUUAAGCAAAUGGACGAUAAACUACGCCAACAUAAACCACCAUUAUCAUUUGAUUCAAUGACAGUUUUAUCUUCAGUCAGAGCAUCUGGUAUAGUUGCUACCGGAUCUCAUGGUGCUAAAUGUGCAGGCGCAUCGAUAUCCGACCAAGUAGUUAAAUUACAAAUUGUUACAGGUGAUGGAGAAUUACAUGUGUUUAGUGACGAAAAUGAUCCUAAAGAAAUGAGUGCAGCUAGAAUUAACUUAGGAUUACUUGGUAUAAUGUACAAGAUAACGUGGCAUGUACAACCACUAUUCAAGCUUCGCAUGAUUGAUUUCCAACCACCAAUAAAAUCGUGGCUUUACCCAGCAACUCUCAAAGAAUUCGUCGAGAAAUCCGACAGUGUUGAAGUCUUUUAUUGGCCAUUCAACGAAAGUGAACUCGAUAGAAAUGAUGAUAAACUUUGGGUUAAACAAUGGUUAAGGACAGACGACCCAAUCACCACCUCACAAGCCGAACUCGGGAUGGAAAGAGUUUGUGAAGACUUGGAAACGAGAUUCGGGGACAAAUUAUACCAAUUUAUUGUUAAAUGUCCCGAAAGCACUCCUUAUAUCACUAAUCUUUUGUGGAAAGCUGGACCUGUUUCGAAACCACAGAAUGUUGUAAUCCCAGCACCGGAUGCUAUUCAUUAUCAGAGUGGCAUUGAUAAUAUACUUUGCGACGAUUUGGAAUUCACGUUUAAGGCUGACAAAGAUUUUGCAAAUGUUGCUGAGGAGUUUAAUCACAUUGUUGAUUCGGUAUAUGCUUAUGCUAAGAAAGGUAAAUUCCCAAUGAAUCUAGCGGCCGAAAUGAGAAUUCUUAAAGCAUCACCGUCACUUUUGGCAUCUGGCUACGAUGAAGAUCCAAAUGCUAUAUACUGUUUCAUCGAAGUGCUGGCCAUACGUCAUACGUCAGGGUUUGAAGAAUUCUCUGCUGAAUUGGCCACAAGAUGGAUGAAAAAAUAUAAGGCUCGACCACAUUGGGCUAAAGCUUGGGAACACGUACCUGGCAUUAAACCAUAUUUGCGUGAAAUCCUAGGCAAACGAUUAGAAACGUUUGAAAGUGUUCGCGUGAAAUAUGACGCGGAUAAAAUCUUUUUCGAUAAUAAGUCUUUGGAAGAAGUGUUUUAUGGUUCUCCAAAAUCUACAUUUACAGAAUCACAUCUCUAA